UAAAAAAAGUUUUUACUACUCUUUUGCUCUAUCUCUAUACUUCAUUAGUGAUGACUUCCAAGAGGUCAAUUCCAACUGCCGAUAGAAUUUCCGACUUGCCUGAUUCAAUUCUCAGUAGCAUUCUCUCCAUUCUCCCAACCAAACACGCCGCAACCACAAGCAUCCUCUCAAAAAGAUGGAAACCUUUGUGGCUCUCCAUCCCCACUCUCGACAUCGACGACGAAACCUUCAAAGACUUCAACUCUUUUAUCCAAUUCGUAUUCUCAAUCAUCUUCUCAUUGCGAGACAACACACUAACCGUCCCUUCAUUUCGCUUCAAAUGCCGCCGAUAUCACUCUCUCCUCAAACAAGAUGAUUUCAAUCAAAUUUUCCACUUCCUGAUUCAAAAAAGAGGAGUCCAGAAUCUCACCAUACAAUUACCGGGUAAAAAUGUUCGAAUCAAAUUACUUCCUCGCAUUCUCAGUUUCAACAUGCUUCAAGUUCUUAAAUUUGAAAACAUAGAAAUCGGAGACUAUGAUCAGACCUUCUGGGCCGUCAGUUGCAUAGAGUUUCCCAUGUUUCACAAUUUGACCCACCUGGAACUUGGUUAUCAUGCUACCAGGCUAUGCUUUGGAAAGUGUGCGAUGUUCUUGGGAAUACUCUCAUAUUUUCCUAAACUUCAACAUUUUAUUAUUCAGGAUGGUGUGGAUGCAAUGAAUCUUAAAUUCAAAAAUUGGAUGGAUCCACCUAUUAGUACUGUUCCAGAAUGCAUUUCAUCACAGCUCAAAACAUGUUUGAUUAGAGGUUACAGAGACACAACAUGUGAGUUUGAAUUUGUAAAAUAUAUUAUGAAGCAUUCACAAGUACUAGAAACUCUGACAAUUAACAGUAUCACUCUCACAAAGGACCAGAUGUUGGUGAAAUUAUCUUCUUGCACAAGGGGUUCUACAACAUGCAAACUUUUAUUUGAUUGAUGAUGACAUUUACAUCAUGUUUUUUGAGAAUGUUUAAUGGUUUUUCAUGAAAUAAAGUUUUCCUUUUAGUGUAAGGCCCCUUAAUUUUAAAACUUUAUUGGUUUAUUAGCAGUGGCAUGGUUGUGAAAUUUCAGCAUCAUGUUGAUCUAUGGUUGUACGGUUUGCACUUAAAUUUAAUUUCAUAACAGAGGUUAUUAAAGAUGCAAUGCAGUGAGAUUAUUGUUAUCUGCUACUUGCAUUACAGGCCAUACCAUACAAAGAAUCUCAAGUUCCUGUUGUUAGUAUCUGCUACUUGUAAUUGUUCGACUGCACCUUCCAUCCUUCCUCUUCUGGUAAUGACAAUUAUUAGGGAUGUAGACAAUAUAGUUAAGCCUCUCACUAAUAGGUAAGACAUAGAGAUGUUGGAGUGUUACAUAAAAAGCGCUAGGUUAGCCAAUGGGAUGAUUGAUUACAAGUUUUUUGAAAUAGAAAUGUUUGGAAGUUAUAACAGUACUUUAGACUCUAGUAGUGAUAGCGACUCCUUUUCCCCCUCUUCUUUCUUAGGAAAAUCAGAAUCAUUGAUGGUGUCCACCUCUUCCAAACGGUCAGGGAUCCAACAUUACGAGACAAUGUUUACAAACCAAAGGAAGGUGGACUCCUUCCAUAAGAGCUUGAAUUUAUCGACUCGGGGAAUGAAGAAAGCUUCAUCCUAGAAUCUUGCUCUAAAGAUGAAAGGGCCCAUAUGACUCUCUCUUGUGAUUUAGUGGGUGGCUUCUUCUACAUGUAACUCCUUGUAGUCCACGACUUCAAAGGUGCUAAUCCCUUUUACAGUGUUUGAAUAUGAGGUUCUUAAAACCGUCAACGUCACCCCUUCUUAAAUAUCGACCAAGGGACGAACCUUUAUCAACGAUUUUUAGAUCUUGUGUAGGAAUUUGGAGGUCUUUUCUAGUGUGCUAGUGUGGGUCUCUUCUUGUUUAAGAAAUUAUUUUAUACCACCAGUUGAAAUAUUUGCAUUGAAAAUAUUUGCCUUCCAUCUUAACACCUAUUACAACAAGCUAACAUGUAGGACUUGGCAAUCUUGUGUCUCUAAAUGUCUCCUGUAACAGAUAUAAUAGUUUAGACUACAUUAACAUUAGUUUAUCGUAGAUUACAUUAGCAUUAUAUCUUCCUAAGUACAAGGAAAAUGACAUAUUAUACAACUAUAUAGAGCAGCUUAAGUCAAACCAAAUUAUGACCAACUUAUAUUUUACUGAUCAACUCUUUCUUUUUAAUGUUAUCAUUCUUCUUCACUUUUGGCCGAAACAGUGACCAAAUCAUAUUCUCCAAACUUUGUACUGUAUAUUUAACAUCUUUCUUGUCAACCAUAACACCAUCACUUUAAAUUGACAAAAUAUAAUUCUUCAAAUAAAUAUUUUAGAUUGGUAUAACACUUUCCACCAAA